CACGCCAGUACGGUAUGCAAAUAUAAACAUGUGCCGGGGUGCACGGACUCAGGUCGUCUUGAGCCCCACGGAGCCCGUGGGUGACAGCUCCAUCAUGGAGGUGUCCUACGCGGAAGGCCACUCACACACUACGACCCCGCGCGACAAUGGACUGGACUCGACCCACGUCACCGACACGCAGCUGCUGGUCACCGAGCUCCGGCUCUUCCGCGAGGAGAUGCGCGCGAUGAGCCAGGAGAUAUACGCUCUUCGCACAUCCCUGGAGAACCUGACAGCCAGGAUCGAUGGCUGCGAUGGGCGGAUCGACAGAUGCGAGGGGCGCAUCGGCGCGCUCUGUGCCCGUGUCGAGUCGUUGGAGAACAGACCUCAGUCGAACGACACGGCCUCAGACAACUCUCUCGUCGAAACCGUGUCGCAGCUUAGGAUGGAGCUUAACGACCGCGACCAAGAGUUGCUACUAAAUGAUAUAGAAAUAUCAAGUGUGCCAGAGAGCAGGGGCGAAAAUGCUAUGCAUUUGGUAACGGCCUUGGGUAAAAAAUUGGGGGUUGAACUCACCGAGCACGACAUCGUCGACGCCACGCGUGUAGGGCGCGCACCUCAGCUGGAGGAUGGUCUCCACGGGCCUGCGGCGCGGCCGCGGCCUCUCGUGGUGCGCCUGGCGCGCCGCGCCGUCAGGGAUCGCCUGCUGCAGGCUGCGCGCGUGCGCCGCGGUGUCACCACGGAAGGCACCGGCAUCCCUGGACGAGCGAGUACCUUCUACGUCAACGAGCGGUUGACUCCCCACAACCGACGUCUCUUAUACAAGGCUCGGGAGCUGAAGCAGCAGCACUCUUGGAGGUACGUCUGGACCCGGGACGGAAAAAUCUUCGCACGGCAGCAGGCGGGCACGAGCUCGCCCCGACACCGCAUUCGCACUGAACUAGACCUAGGUCGUGUUUUUGGCUCAAUAUAGGUUUGUUCACAAUGUUAGCUUGAUAUGUCGCUUGCUAGUAUUUUUGUCUCUGCUACUGUUGCCGCCAAACACUUGUUACACCAUUAGAAAACGUACAAUACACAAAAACAAUCCACACACACCUUAC